AUUACUGUUAUUAAGAAGAAAAGAAUUUAUCUUUAAUAUGACGCCGCAAGAUUCCUGUAUCGGCAUUUAGGCAGAUGAUUUACUUCGUUUUCUGAAAUAACACUUAUUGAAACGCAAUUCUUAGAUUAGAUUGUUACACGAUAGCACGCUCUUAUCUCAAGUUACAUGAUAAACUAUUUGUAACCGUUUUCGGGACCAGUUUGUAGUUGAGAUUGUGUAAUACUUCAAACAAUUAUGCAUUUUUAUUUUUAAAUUUGUGCAUUUUCAUUUUCGAUCUAUCGUAAGCAUUAUAAAAAUUUCGUUAAUUAAUUGUACCUACAUAUGUACAUAUUAUUUAGUUUUUCACUGUUAAAAAGAACUAUUCUACUUAUUGUAACUUUGAAGCAUAUAAAUGUCAAACAAGACCCACAACAUUGGCCACAGUUUGUAUGAGACUUGAAGAAAAAAAAUAUACGUUUUGAAACGUAAAAAUUAAACAUUGAAUUAUUUUCUUUUCCUCUUGGCCUUACGGUCGUAUACGUGCAUCGAGCAAGUAGUCACGCGAUAUCGUUGGUAACCAUGAGUAGCAUUGAAUAUUGUCGUCAUAGUAACUGGCAUGAAUUCUACAAACAUAGCCACAUUGAUGUGUCAAAGCUCGAAUGAAAAAACUGUUCAAGUAGAGCUUCCUUCCUGAUGUGUAAAGAUGUGAAUUCGUUACGGUCCUUGAACGCCGUUUCCGUCUGAAAAUUUUCGUACAUCCUCAAUCCUUCGGAUCGACAUAUCAGUUUGUGAAGUUUUAUCGUGUCCACCUUUAAUCGCAAUGUCGUCAAAAAAUACCAGCGAGAAGGUUUUGGAGAUCGAUGCACACGUCAGCAAACAUUAUGACAUCGUUCGACGUCUCGGCAAGGGGGCUUACGGCAUCGUAUGGAAGGCGAUAGACAAGAAAAACAAGGAAACGGUAGCGGUGAAGAAGAUCUUCGACGCCUUCAGAAACCAGACGGAUGCGCAGCGCACAUUCCGUGAGAUAAUGUUCCUACUAUCGUUCGCCAAUCACGACAACAUCAUACGACUGAUCGGUCUUCACAAGGCGAACAACGAUCGGGACAUUUAUCUCGUGUUCGAGUACAUGGAAACCGAUCUCCACAACGUGAUUAAGAAGGGCAAGAUCCUGAAGGACCUCCACAAGGUGUUCAUCAUGUAUCAGCUGUUUAAGGCGAUCAAAUACAUUCAUUCGGGGAACGUGAUACACAGAGACUUGAAGCCAUCAAACGUUCUACUAAAUGCUCACUGUCACUGCAAAAUCGCUGAUUUUGGAUUGGCACGAUCGGUCACUCAAAUAGGGGAAGGAGAUGGUGAAACCGCCAGUGAUCCAACACUUACAGAUUACGUGGCAACUCGCUGGUACCGGGCACCGGAGAUACUCGUUGCUUCAAAAAGGUACACGAAGGGUAUCGAUAUGUGGUCGUUGGGAUGUAUUCUUGGCGAAAUGCUUCUUGGAAAACCAUUGUUUCCUGGUUCAUCGACGAUAAAUCAGGUGGAGAGAAUAAUGGCCACUCUCCCGCCACCUACCAGGGAAGAUCUGGUUUCGGUCAGCGCCGGAUACGGUACUAAUUUGUUAGAGAAGACACCAAACGCACCAAGACGUUCAUUGAAGGAUUUACUACCAGAGGUGCCGGAAAAGGCAUUGGAUCUCAUUAGCAAUCUGAUAGUCUUCAAUCCAAAUCACAGACUGACAGCCGUGGAGGCUUUGGAGCACCCUUAUGUGGCCGAUUUUCAUAGAAGAAGCAACGAACCAGAAAGAGGCUCGAACGUGGUACCGCUACUUAGGGACGAUGUACAGCUCUCUGUCGACGAAUACAGGAAUAAGCUUUAUUCGAUGAUGGAUGAAAAACAUCGCAAACAUAAGAAUAUGUCUAAGUCCAGAAUCAGACGAUUAUCGGAGCACAUCAGGAAGGAAACAGUUAGUAGUAGUAGUAACCCAGUCAUUGGUCAAGGUGACGCGACUGUUCGUAAAAAUCUUACACACUCGUAUCAAGAUUUACGUAAGGAGAGAGGUAGGAGCGACACGUACGAGCCUUCCUAUUUAGAAGCGCGUACGCAACUACCAAGUAGAAAGGCAACACGGCAUUCGCAAAUUGAUAGUGGUGAAAGAAUUACGAAAACGAGAUCGAUAUGUGUGUCUGUCGAGUCGCAGACGCAAAACACAAAGAAUGUUCGACCAACUGCUAAAAGCGUAGCAACCCAAUACACACACAAUUUUGUAAAUGGUAGUUUGAAUAACUUGACUCCAAGCACGACCAAAAGUUGCUUAUAUCUCAAUCAACAACACCGACAAUUAUCCAAAUCUCAGCGUUCUAUACAAUCGGACCAACCAAUGGUGUGUGCACCUGGAAGAAGACCAAAUCAAAUAGUAACUGGUAACCGUGACAAACUGCGAAGAAAUUGCAAACAGAUUCGUACGACGAGCCGACCCACGUCAGAUGUGAAUUGGCGGGAAGAAGAUCGGCAGAAGACUACGUUCGAUCACGACAAUCUUAAGACCCUUCAGACGAAAUACUUCGCGAGAACGCCCGAUAACGCGACUUCUUAUUACCUUAGAUCCAGCAGCAGUAAUAACAAGAAUGCCAGUAGCUCCGAAUCUUUGUACAAUUCGUGUUAUCCCACCGUGAAGAAUCUAGCUAUCCGAAACUAUCUGAAUCAAACGGUACCAUUACGAGUGGAAGAGCAAUCCCCGUCGCGCCCCUGUCGAACAAAAACCAAUACGGAUUAUCGGAUCCUUCGAAGUAACGCUAACAAUAUCGAGAAACUGCAUCAGUCUACUAAUUAUCUUACGAGUGGUAACAAUCGAUCGAGGAACGCGGCUCCGAAUGGAUGCCACGUCGUAGGGACACAGUUGAAACAUGUCGCCGAUGGAAGUACGAAUAAUGAAAAGAAGAAGAACUCGCCUUUUUUAGAUAAUUAUAGCCAAAGUCACGGUAUAAUAACCGCAUCUAUGUACAAAGAUCUACGAAAUGGGACUAUAAGAUGGUAAAAUAUUGCCGGUAGCAGCUUCCGAAAAAAAGAACACUCGUAAUUCGCCAAUAUUUAUAGCAGAUAUUUUUGUAUAAUCCCCCCCCCCCCUCGUAAAUAGUUUUUUUGAAUAUUUUUUUCGAUCUAGCUAAAUCGAAGUAAAAUUUAUCCAUACUUGGAAUCAUAUCAAAGACUUGUGAAUUUUUUCACGAAAUAACGAAUAAAAUAAAUAUCAAAGAAAAGAGUUAAACGCAAGAAAUUGAAAAUGAAAGUUGGUACUGAAGCGUUCUUCUUUUCAGAAGCUACAAUCCCUGUAUAGGCAAAUUAACGUUCCUACGUAAAUUUUUACGAGAAGCUAAUGAAAACAUAAAAGUAAAACAACCUAUCUCACAAUCGAUAAUUUGAGUUCCUACGAGAACAAACUGCCGGAGCCUCGAUACAAACGAAGCCAUCAUAAAUGCAAUCAUAAAUAGCAAAGAAAUAAUCAUCUUGAGGCAAACGAUACUUUAAGUUCUUAGGUAAGAAGAAUCUUGCGAUAUAUGAUCAUUUUAUAGUUCUAAGAUAAAAAAAUCGGAUGAACGUAUCCAAUUUAUUCAAUUCGAAAUAUUAAUUCAACGUAAAAUUGCAUUUAAUAAUAAAAGGAGUGAGUACAGUCACCCUCUAGAGAUUUUAUGAUUCUCGAGUUGGAAUUUAAAGAAUAAUCAAGAAUUUAUUAUUGAACAAAUAUAUAAGUACGUAAUACAUAAAGCCAAUUGUUGGGGCCAAAAUGGUGUAGUGAUAUCAUUUUUCAUGAUAUCAGCACUUGCCCCCUGCGAAAGGUGAGCAUACUAUCCUUUCUUCUUCGCGUCCAACGUUUAUUCCUCGACAAUGUAGCGUGUAAAUUCCUUUGUAAUAUACUUUUUUGUGAUACUUUUAUGCGGCUAUGUGAUAAUGUCCAAUUCGUAUGUAUUACCUGUCGUGGAAUAAAUUUUUAUUAAAGCAAUGUGACUCGUUCGCUUUUCUACCGGUAUUCUGAUCAAAAGCAUCGCGAAAAGAUUGCCUCGUGUCUCAAUCAGAGCGUUCUUUUGCGUCGAAGUACGAGACGACUUCGUAUUUUCAUUUUUCAUCUCGCGAAGCAAUUCUAGUUCUCGUUGCCGGUGUCACGUUGUUUCCUCUUUCGAACGACGAAGGUAUUACUAAUAGAAAUGUUAUUCCCCCUUCUUUAUCCCAGAUUUACCAGGACACGAAUCGAAUCUGUUCAUGACAAAUGUAUGACAAAAAUUGACUAUGUCUGUCUUUCGUUACUUGUAUCGUCGUUUGUCGCGCUAGGCCUUAGGGGAAAAUAAAUAUUUGUACAAGAAA